AUGAGUAAUUCUCCAAUCGAUCAAUCUACAAUUCCUCCCAAUAUAACUAUGCGCCUCCCCUACAUCCCCAACCCUCCCACGCCCACCACCCCCUCCGAAGCCGAAAUCAUCGCCCAAACCGUCGCCCGCCGGGGCUCCGAAGGCCUCAUCCCCCUCGACCUCACCCUCCUGCACUCCCCACCCAUCACCGCCGGCUGGAACUCCUUCCUCGGCGCCAUCCGCACGCAGACCUCUCUCCCCGCCGACAUCCGCGAGCUCGCAAUCUGCCGCGUCGCCGUGCUGAACCAAGCGUACUUCGAGUGGACGCAGCACUCGCCGCUGGCGCUCGCUGCGGGGAUAACCCGUGUCGGCUUGCGCGCGGUGUUGGAUGGCACGAGGGGGGAUCUGAGUGAGCGGCAGAUGGCGGUGGUGGAGUUUGCGACGGAGAGCGUGAGGGAGACGAGGGUGGGGGAGGGGGUUUUUGGGAGGUUGAGGGAGCACUUUUGUGAUAGGGAGGUUGUGGAGGUUGUGGCGACGGUGGCGGCGUAUUGUUGUGUCUCGAAGUUUUUGGUUGCGCUGGAUGUUGCGGAGGGGAAUAGGGUGAGGGUGGAGGAUUAUCCGUUGCCAGAGUAG